CGGUGAGUUAUCAAGCAUUUAGACCCACAGACUUCGUACAUAAAAUGAUAAGAGUAAACACGACAUGGGAACAUACAAAGAAGAACUAUUGUUUUGUGUUUGGCCUGGGAAGUGAAGUGACCAAUGGCGUAUCAACAAGGCUGACUGGGUUGAAGUCGUUUUCUGUGAGAUAGAAAGAUUCUUCUAUCGGAACAAUGAAGAAGCCACUAGCCUCAGACGACAAGGAAAAUGCACAUAAACAAGGUACUAGAAGUACUGAUAGAACGAAAUCGGAAGCAAGUUCCCACGACGCUAAACAUCAGUGUGUUAAAGAGAUUGUCUAUAAAGAUGUUUACCUGAUGGACAAGGCAGGAGGGCGAUUCGAGAAGAACCUUCUGGCCAACAGUCUAACGGCCAAGCUUAAACAAAACAUUCCAGGAGAGUUUACUACAAAGACACAUUUGAUGCACAAACUCCGUCGGGAGGGUUUAAAAGAUUAUGUUCAUCUAGAAAAUCUCCAUAAGAAAUACGAUAGCGAAAUGCAAGUGCAAACAAGUAGACUUGACAAUGAGAGCAAUCUUUUGCUCCGUAGACAUGAAAAAAUGCGGAAGCAAAGUGAAUAUCAAAGGAAAAAUCAAGAAAAGAUUCGGUCUCAAAUGCGGAAUUCUGCUAUGAAACAACCAGAUGCGUCAUCGUCUGUGUUUCCUCAAAUCAAAUAUUUUUCACAGGCACAUGCGGCUUCGCAUCCUCCUGAUAACGCCACCGUCGAGUUACAUCCGUCACAUCAGUUGGAAACGUCAGGUACACAUGCGGCGGCAUUUCCUUCGUUUUCAGUCGACACACAUGAUCCGAGUAAUGUCAAAGUUUUCAAAUAUCAAGGGAUUUUUCAACCACAGAACAAAUACUCAAACAGGCGUAAUAGUGUCAGGUCGACUGGCUCAGGAGGGAUAUUAAAGAGAGAUAUGAACACUCCAGAGUAUGAAAUUCUCACUCUCUCCUUAGAUGACGGUACUGAAAGUAGAGCGUCGAGUAAAAAAAGUGACAAGAAAAGAAAGGGACUCCGUGUAACUUGGAGCGGGGUGGAAAGAGAGUUUGAAAAAGGUCGGCAGACUCAGAACGAUUUAGCGUCUAAUGACAAUGAUAGUCGAGGUGACGAUGGUGCUUCUACAUCCAGUACUAUUAAAAGUGCAAACAGUAGUUGUGGAAUACAUUACCGGCAGAACAAACGAAAUAAGAUCGAAAACAUUGGUAUAAAGUGGAAAUUGCCACCAGGAUCAAAGCAAUCUACUCGCGCUGUGAAAUCGGCCACGGCCGCUUAUACCACAUCCUCACGAUCAAAAAAUCUGAUGCCAGUGUCGGGUGGCCUUCAACAAAACGGGAUGUCAGUGACGCGCACGAGAUGGCACGUGCCUUCGGCGCCUCCUCUCUCAUCGUAUGAUUUAUACAGGGAAUGGCUACAUAAACUUGACAAACUGAAAUCGCCAAUGGAACCGAAGCAGUUUCUAAGGGAAGUGCCUGCCAUGGACCAUAAAAUGGACAGUUGUAGCCCAGCUUACACUUUACCUGCCAAUAUCUCAGAGCAAAUGAACUUGUCGAUAUACGCCGCGUCAAACGUUGUGUAGACAUUAAAUAUCAUAACUUUUAAGUAUUGGACUGAGGUAUUACUUCUUCUAGGAACAAACUAGUGUUUUAUGUGCUAAGCACUUCAUUUUAUUUGCUUUUAAAUAUCAAAAUUAUUGAAGUUUUCUUUAAAAAAUAUAACUUUCACGACUAGCUAGCAAUCAUUUCAUAUUGCAAUGGAAAGAAUGAUAUCCACAAAAUCUCUCACAUCCAAACAGUCGUAUAUUUUUUUAACAUAUUGCAAAAAUGCAGAUUUUAUAUUCAAAUAUUUUAGAUAGGGUUAAGCUGGAUACGUAAGUGUACAUAACUAAUUGAUAGGUUUAUACCUUAUGUUAUCCUAUAUACUAAGCCAUCAUACUAAAUAUGUUCAAAAACUGUAACAUGUGCCAAAUAUGCUAAAUGUAUUCAAAAGUAUGAUUAGAAAAAAUAAUCUACACAUGGCACGGUCUAUACAUGUAUUACAUGCAGGUAUGUUUCUUAUAUCAAUUAUGUAGAGCGUCGAAUUAAUGUGUAUCGAUGUAAGAUAAUAAUGUAACACAAUGGUUAUGUGAAAUAUGCUCAACAAAAUAAUUUCUAACAUCAAUAUUUACUCCAUAAAUUAUUUAUCAAAGUGGACGUAUAUUUAUUAGUAUUGUAUUAUAGUCCUCAGUAUAUAGAGGAGCCUACCACCAUCAAACGUCAUCAAAAGACAUUGUCGAACAUGAGUAGAUAUCACAAUUGCCUUAGAGUUUGUUUCAUAGAAAUAUAUUUCUGCUAUCACAUCAAAACAAGUAUUCCUGAUCAAUUUACAAUUUCAUAUCUUGUUUUUAUCUAACUAGCUGGUUUACUUUGUUUACGAUGAGAUGAUGGAUAUCAUGUUCUCAGACUUUACACGUAUAUCAAUUUUUGUAAAGAAAAGAUCCUUUGUCUUUCUCUUUCUAAGGAAAUAUGCGUUUCUUAUCUAAAAACGUCACGACUCACAAUAAGAUGACGUCAUCAUUUCAUGCAGCAAUCGAGUAACGUAAUCAAUUUUGUAGCACAUUCUUUACUCGAGUGUGUAUAACUUCAGUAUAUAGCGAAUUAAGAAAGUGUUGGAGAAUGAAUAACCAUUCAUCUAUGUAUGACGUAGACAGGGAACAUAUCAUCCUUUGGGAUACUAUUUCUUAAGUACAGUUCUCGGCAAGCCUGGUUUUUUAACGUCUUUCUUUUAGGUUAAGGUAUUGCUGUCUAAAUCAGAGAGGGAAUGAUAUAUUCUAUCUGGACCAAGAUAUAUCUACUAACCUAUCUAAAGGUUGCAUAUUAUGUGUAUAUAGGUGAAUAAUUAUUCAAAAAUCAAAAGUAUACCCAACCAUUGUUUUUUUUUACCUAAUCCUGCAUCAUAUUGAAAAUAGAUAUUAUAUAUCAUUAAUUUUUCGUUAACUUAUAUGUAGACUUCAUAUUUCUUAAAAUGACAAAGUUAUGCUAUGAAUAAUUCUUGUAUGGUCGAUAAGGCACAUAGAUGGCGGUAUACGUUUGUAAUGGAAUGGUUAUAGGUAAUUAAAUAUAUGGAAUGGUUUAAGACGGGAACAAGGAAAUACGUGGAAUAAAAAUAGUGUUCAAUUGCCUA